GCAAAUCCUAAACAAACAAAACGAGUAUAUUAAUCUUCAACACAGACACCGCAAUUAUUAUUGUUAGUAGUAUCUAUUAACAUUUCCAAUUGUCACCCAAACGCGCUCUGUUGUGACGAUAAUGGAAGAGAAAAAGCGGACCUUGGUCUUCUCUUGCGUCCUUCUUAUCACAUACAUUUAUAUAUAUAUUUAUUUGUCUUGUUAAGAAGGAAAAAAAAGAAUUGUGUCUUCCUCUCGGUUCUCCUCUCUUGCGCAGAAGUUUUCACGACGUUACCGCGCUGCUUCUUUCCUUUCUGUAUUUGCCGCCGACGACUUCCGCCGUUGGCGUUUUGAGUCCUUCGACUGCGGAAGACGAAGCGGAAGAAGAGGUGAACGAAGAAAUCAAAAACAAAAGGCCGCCGCCCCAGUGCUCUUUAUGCGGCGUGCAGGGCGGAGCCGAUCACCUACCAAACUCCAUCCAUAGUAACCGAAAAACAAACAAACAAACAGAAAGCUGCUAAAGAUCCCUCACUCUGUUCUCUCUCCCGCUGCCUUCCCUCUCCUCCUGACCACACACACGCUCCCUCCCUCUCUUUCCAACUUUUCGCUCCGCGAACUUCUCUCCUGAAACAGCUGUCAGCCGUAGACUCCAAACCCCACAGAAGACCAAUAUAUAACAACAGUAAAAGAAAAAGUAGAAGACGUAAAUAUAUGAUUUUUACCGUUAAAACAAUACAAAACAAAACAUUCCCUUUUUUCCCAAAUUGACUUCAACGUGCUCGUGUACGGUUCUUUUCUUUUUUAAAUUACGGGUGUGUGCUCAUUGGCGUGGAGACGUUGCCGCCCCUUUGCACCGAGUGAAAGCGUUGCCGCCUCUUCCCACGACCGCACCGCGACCAGCUACACUUUACCUUCUUCAAAUAUUUUUGCUCUCCUCCCCGGAUUUCAUCCAACAGAGCCGGCUGCACGCAACACCUUCUCCUCUCCUCUCUUCUCUCUCUCUCUCUCUCGAGAAAUAGAGAAAGAAGCAAAGAAGAAAGUAAAAGAAGAAUACGUUCGUCCCUCCUGUCUUUCCCCCUUUCUCCAUCGUCGCACCGCAAUCAUGGGGGCCCCCAAGCGUCUUGGCAAGUACGAGUUAGGCCGCACCCUCGGCACAGGUAACUUCUCCAAGGUAAAGAUCGCCCGCGACACCGAAACGGGCAAGGAAUGGGCCAUCAAAGUCAUCGACAAGGAGCAGCUGGUGCGAGAACGCAUGGAGGAGCAGCUAAAGCGUGAGAUUGCCGUCAUGAAGAUGCUGCGCCAACCGAAUAUAAUCGAGCUGCAUGAGGUGAUGCAGACGAGCCACCACAUCUACCUCGUCCUUGAACUCGUGACGGGCGGAGAGCUGUUCGAGAAGAUCGCCAGCGCGAAGCGCUUCGACGAGCCGACGGCACGGCACUACUUCCAUCAGCUGAUUAGCGGGAUUAACUACUGUCAUCGCCAAGGCAUCGCCCAUCGUGAUUUGAAGCCGGAAAACCUGCUGCUAGACGCGAGCGACACGCUGAAGAUAUCCGACUUCGGGCUCAGCAACCUGCAGCGGACAAACGCAAACGGCGGCGGCACGAUGCUGCAGACGGUGUGCGGCACGCCAAACUACGUCGCGCCGGAGGUGCUGAAGGAGCAGGGCUACGAUGGCCUCAAGGCCGAUAUCUGGAGCUGCGGCGUCGUGCUCUUUGUGAUGAUGGCCGGCUACCUGCCCUUUGACGAUGAAAACGUGAACGCGCUCUUCACCAAGAUCGAGCGCGGCGAGUUUCGCAUGGCGCGCCACUUCAGCGCGGAGGCACGCGAUUUGAUUUCGAAGAUGCUGACUGUAGAUCCGCAGGAGCGCAUUUCGUUAGACGGCGUCAUCGCCCACCCGUGGUUCUGUGUGGAUUGGAAUCCGGCGAUGCUGACGCAGGGCAGUAGCCACAACUCACCAAACACCGCGCAGAUCAACAACGCCAUUCGAAAGAUGUAA